CCAGUGAUUGGCUAAAUACCCCGCCCUUUAUUCUGCGUCACUUGCUGAGCAAACUAAUAUUCUAGGAGCGCCGACGGCGACAGUCUGUAAGGUUCCUAAAUCACCCUUUUAGGAUCAACAAGUUGCAUGGACUCAUGACUCAUCCGCUUCUAAAACGCAACGAUCGGGCGGUCGGAGGAGGGGUAUUUUAGACAUUAUGACAAAAAAAAAACCGCUGCUGGCUGUUUUCCCUAAACAUGAAAAAGAGAAAAGAAAAAGAAAAGAUAAUCAAGAGCUCGGUUCAUCGAAGAAAAGAAAAUUACUGGGAAAGUGUGCGGAUUGUGAUGUAUUUCCAGUCCACUGGUCGAAACCAGAGACCCAGAGGGUUUCAUGUCAAUCAGGGCUUUCUGCUUAUGUUGAUUUCAGCCAUUUGUAUCUGGUUGCUUUACCAAAUCAAGAAUUCAAACUACACAAAGGAUGAUAGGAGUUUAUUAGCCAAGUUCAGUAAAGGCAACAGUGUUUUGAAUUUGGGACGCAAAGGGGAUGUGGAGUUGAGUGAUAAAACUAUGUAUAUGUCUGACUCAAAAGAUGUAAUUCUUGAAGCAGGAGGAAAGCAGAAAGAUAGAGGUGGUGUAGAUGAUGAGUUGGAUGGAAGUGUUGAUGAGAAGGGGGAAAAUGAAUCUUUAGACAAGCGAAUUGAAUACAUUCAUGGGCGUGACAAGACUGAUGCAGAGGAGGGGAAGAAAAUGGAGCCAGAAAGACAAUAUCAUCUGUCAACUAAUAGUGAAAAUAUUGAAAUCGAAAUGAGAGACGAGGAUAACAAAGUUUUCAGUGAAGAUAAUUCACCAGAAGGACUAGAAAGUUUAAAGAGAAUCGUGUCCAACCUUGAUGGGGGAAGGUAUGAGAAGGACCAGAAAAGGCUAAGCAGUUCUGAUGAAAGAGGACAUAAGAGUGGUGCUAAUAAUCUUGUCGAGCGAGGAGAUGAGAAGGACUUGGAAAGACACACUAAAGAACUACAAAGAGAUGAGGAAAUAAGUAUUGAUGCUCUUAAGCAAGGCAAAGAUGAAGAAAAAGGUUCAAGCAGAGAGAACGGUGAAGAUAAAGACCUUAUAAGUAAGGAGAUAAACAAGCAGGUGAAUAGUACAGAGAAUGCGACUGUUUUUGGCCAGAAUGAAGUUGGAAACGGAUUACAUGGCUUUCAUGAUGAGAAUGGUGUUCCUCAAGGAAGCAAUGAUCUUGUAGAGUUCACAUUGGCUAAGUCAAGAGAUAGUCAAGCAAACAAUAUUUUACAUCAAGAAACCAACUCAAGUUUGAACCAUCGAAACAAUAUCACUGAAAGACCUCAUAUUAAAGAAGUUGAAUCUAAAUCAGAUAGAAAUGCUACUGAUGCUGAGACAAAAACUCGGAGCCAAAAAGAAGGCUCAAAAAGUGAUGCAAUGUUAGAUGUGGGAAUCAAUUCUGACACCAAUUUUUGAAAUUCAGAAAUAGCACAAGCAAGAUGAUCUAGUUAGAAGGACAUAGAAGAAUUAGAUAAGCUAGGGAUAAGCAGAGUAUAAUAUGUGAUCUUAUCACUUCGUUUUCUUUGAGGCUGUAUAGUUUGAGACCCUCGAUGUAAUGUGAGGCUUUUAUGCUUUGGCCUUCCGGAUUGACAGUAUCAUGUGUAGUUACAGCUGUAGGUGUCACCUAGUGAAAUCAUGGUGCAUGUAUGUUGCAUUUAAUCACCUUUUGCCUCCAAACACUACUUCACGAAUAAUUUCAGUUUCAACUGCAGCUUAUGCAGCAAGAACUUUCAUCCUUCUAUAUAUAUAAGACCACCAGUGCAAUGCUUCCAUCUUAA